AUGAAGGCUGCACGCUACUAUGGUGUCAGGGACGUCCGCGUCGAGGACGUCCAGAGACCACAACCCAAAGACGGCGAGAUAUUGGUACAGAUUGCCUGGUGCGGAAUCUGUGGAAGUGAUCUCAAGAAUUAUACUGCUGGCUCGUUCGGUACGCCAACCAAGGAUCGCCCCGACAUCCAUACUGGUGACAGGCUCCCAGUAACACUGGGACACGAGGCGUGCGGUCGAGUAGCAGAAACAACUGCUGGCUGUCCGUUGAAGGUUGGCCAGGCCGUAGUGAUUGACCCCCGGCUAUAUUGCCUGCAAUGUCGACCUUGCUUGGAAAAGAACACUCACCUCUGUGACAAGCCUGGGUUUCUCGGGCUAAGCGGAGGCGGGGGCGGUGGGUUUUCUGAAUACGUCGCGGUUAGAUGGCAGCAGUGCUAUCCCGUCCCAGACUCUUUACUCGACAAUGCAUCUUUGAUUGAGCCUUUGGCAGUAGCCAGACAUGGUCUUCGAGUCUCAAAGCUCAAAUCCUUCCAGGACAAGACGGCACUGGUUCUCGGCGGUGGACCAAUCGGGCAGGCUGUUAUCCACAAUCUCAAGGCCGCCGGCACUGCUCAGAUUCUGGUGUCGGAGCCAGCAGCAUUGAGAAAAGCCCAGGCGGCAAACAUUCCGAGUAUCGUUCUGGAUCCCAAGACCACCAACGUGGCAGAGGAAGUCAAGCGAAGAACCGACGGUGUCGGAGCCGAUGUCGUCUUUGACUGUGCUGGAGUGCCGUCUGCACUCCUUGCCGGUAUCGACGCUCUCAAGAAGAGGGGCACCUAUGUCAUGAUAGCGUCGUGGGAUAAGCCUAUCGAAGUCCCUUUGGUCGGGUGGAUGAGCAAGGAAAUCACCCUGGAAGCAGCUCUUGCGUACAGCGACGAGGACUUUCGGGGCGUGGUCGAUGACUUUGUCGCAGGGAAAUUCCAGGGAGCCGAGAAGAUGAUCACGAGCAGGAUUGUCCUGAAUGAUUUUGUUCAGCAAGGCCUGCAACAACUUUUGGACUCCAAGGACGCCUGUGUAAAGGUUCUAGUCACGCCAACAACAGCCUGA